UUUCAAAACUGGUGAAAACAAGUUACGUCGACUGUAAACAGGUUUUUUUUACCUCAGGAAAAAUGUUUUACUACCCUGAAGUCCUGCAGCGCCAGUCAGGCUGCUUCUCCACAAUCUGGUUGGCAGCCACCAAGGGUGUAAGGAUCACCAGAAGGGAGGUUUUGAAAGUAAACGUGAAUCGAACUUGUGAAGACAUCAUUGACUAUGUGUUGGUGAAGGUACUCCCUGUCCACCCGAGUCUGCCUCGACCACGUUUCUCUCUCUACCUGUCCUCUCAAUUACACUAUGGUGUUGUCAUCGUCUACCACCGCCAGUGUGGCUUUCUUCUGGAGGAGAUCCAGCAUACGAUCGAGAGGCUGCUCCGCUCGACGAGGCACGCCCGCAUCGACAUGCAGGAGCCCGACAGACUGGUCCUAAAUAACCCGGACCCAGAGGCUCUGAUGGAGGAAGCCAUGGAGCCUUUUUUUGGAGUGAUGGGCUCAGAGGCGGAGUUGCCAAGCCCAUAUCAGCUGGCACAGUCCUGGAGGUUCCUUGAGGUCCAUACUCCUGAGCGCCCUCCCGUGAAGACCCCGAGAAGAUCCCAGUCUGAGGCUCCUGGCCACAUGGUGUCCCCGGAGUGCAUCACUCUAAAGGAAAAUGAGCUGACAGCCCUGUGCAUGCCUGAGUAUGAAGGGGCUGAGCUGGUGGAACCCACCGCCCAGGAGAUCGACAUGCUGCUGAGGGAGAGCGACCACCUGGUGGAGGAGACGGAGGAGAAGGAGGGAGAGAGGGAGGCAGACAGAGAGAAGACACUAGAGACCGACACAGCCAUGGUGUCUGUAGAACAACUGAAGGAGACGCUGGAGGCAGGAUCUCCGGAGGACGACGCCUUGGGCAUGAUGGCCACGGAGGUGACCCCUCCUCAUGCAACCUGUCCCACAACACGAGAGGGCAGUGAGCUGGAUCGGGGGAUGAUGCAGGAGCCGUCAAGUUCUUUAGACCUGGAACCACAGCUGGACGUUCCCCUGCCCAAGCGGGGCGCCCGCCGCCGUCGCCAGCUGCUGUUCGCCGACCAGCACACGCAGAUCUCCCAGAGUGCAAUGCAGGACCAGAUCCAUGACCCCCUGGUAGAGACCGUGCCCAUGUCCGAUGUGAUGCUGGACAUCCCCUCACGUCCCUCAGUGGAGGAGCUCUUGAGCGCCCCGUGUGGCGCUCUGCUCCACCCUGACCUGCUGUCGCUAUGGAAACAGUGUGCCGUCCUGACAACCCGCCCAGGGAGACGGGAGGAGGAGGAGGAGGAGGCGAGGGAGCGGGGUCAGGAGAGGAGCGAACUCUCGUCUGACUUGGGCCCACGAGUGGAGGAGAGGGAGGUGGAGCGCAGGAACAGGGACUCCAGUGUGCAGGAGGUCCUCCGGGAGUCCAUGGAGUCGGGCCUCCACCUGUCUGAGCUCUCAGCUGUGUCUGACACUCAGCUGGACGUCUCUAAAGAGGACAAAGCCCUGGACCCCGUCUCUGUGCCAGUGGGUCGAUGGUCUGUGACAGAGGAGGCUCCCUCUGGGCUGCACAUGGAAGCCAUCCUGGAGGAACCUCUAGUGGAGCUGCCCCCGAUGGACACAGAGAUGGAGACCGAGGAGCACACCACCAGCAGCCUGCUCAGAACGGUCAGCAGCCACCUGGAGCGCUUUGGGAAGAUCUCCUUUGACUCGAUGCUGCCCCCAGAGGCCGACCGCUGCACGGUGGUGCAUGUGUUCUACAACCUGUUAGUGCUUGUGAGUGAGAGAAGAUUGGAAGUGUAUCAGGCCAAGCCCUUUGACCCCAUAACCAUCACAGCUGGAUUACACAUUUACUAGUGUGUGCACACACACACACACACACACACACACACACAUACAUAC